AUGAAAGAAUCAAAUGUGCUUGAAAUCCCUUUGGAUCAAAGGGUUGGCUUAAAAGUGCGCAAUUUGAGUGUUGCUGUAAAGUCAAAAGUUAAAAAGAAGAGCCUUCGUCAUGCAGACGAAAAGGAUAAUUUUAAUGCCAAAUCGUCUAGAAUACUCAACGAUAUUUCAUUUGAUGUCAAUAGUGGAGAGUUGAUUGCAUUGAUGGGUGGAUCAGGUGCUGGAAAAACAACUUUAUUACAUACACUAUCACAACGGACUAAUGUCAAGAACAAGAAGUUGGAGUACUCGGGUAGUAUCGAGUACACGAGAGCAAAUGAAUCUAUAAAGCAUAUCAAGCACGCCUAUUUGCUUCAAACUGAUUUUUUUUUACCUGGGUUGACUGUAUUGGAAACUUUUCAAACACAAGCAGACUUGAGAUUACCACCUCAUGUAAACCAAGAAGAGAAACUGAAGUUGAUUGAUUAUAUUAUUAAUGUGUUAGAGUUGGGUCAUUUGAAAAAUACCAGGAUUUGCCAAUUUUCACUGCAUGCUACAACGUUAUCUGGAGGUGAACAAAGAAGAGUAAGCUUGGCUAUUCAACUAUUGUCUCGUCCAUCAAUAUUGUUUCUUGAUGAACCAACCACAGGAUUGGAUACUUCGUCCUCGUUGAAGUUAGUGCAAUUGCUACAUAAGCUUGCUUCGAACACAUAUGGUAUCACUGUCGUUUUGUCAAUCCAUCAACCAAGACCAGAAAUUUGUGACUUGUUUGACAAAGUGUGUUUAUUGACCAAAGGUGGUAGAUUGGUAUAUUAUGGAAAUCUCAAAGAGGAAGCUCAUCACUAUUUUUCAAAAUUGGGCUAUGCUCCUGAAAUGAAUCAACACAUCAGUGAUCACGUUAUGAGCUUGUCAGUGAAGGAUUCAAGUACGGUGGAGAAUGAGCUGAGAUCGGCGGCAAGAAUUCACCACUUGGUUGAGACAUGGAAAACGGACCACUAUUAUGAAUACAAUAGCACUCCCAAGCAAGACCAAGCUCAAUUUAUGAAAAAUUUAAAUUUGUUUGCCACGCCCAAACAAGACCAAAUCUCAUUUAUGCAGGAGCUUGUGGUGUUGACAAAACGUACAUUCAAAUUGACCUAUCGUGAUAUUCAGACGCUUUUAGUUUUGAAUCUUGGAUUUGUGUUCCUUGCUGUCACACUUGGAUGGAUAUUUUACCGUCCGAAACAUGAUCUCGCUGGAAUCAGAUCGUUAAUUUCUGUGCAAUACGUAGUUUUGGAAGUGGUGGGAUUUUGCGCUAUGUUUAUUGAGGUGGAGAGAUUGUGGAAUACCGAUGGUGCAUACUUUUACCGUGAAUAUCAGGAACAUGUUGCCAGCAUUCCUGCUUUCAUAUUGUCUAGAAGAUUGGCCAAGUUUUUCUUGGAAGAUUUGCCCAUGACAAUCAUUUGGUCAGUUAUCACAUUCUUUAUGUGGGGUCUAAGGGUUGGAAAUGGUUCUCAUUUUGGAAUCUACUUUACUGUGACUCUACUUGUACAAUUGGCUUGUAUGAGUAGCACAUUGUUGAUUUAUGCCGUGUCGUCGAGUUUGCCCAUGUCGACAAUGUAUGUCAACUUGCUUUAUCAAAUUCAAAAUUCAGCAUCUGGAUAUUUUGUUAAUGCCAAGACAAUGCCUGUUUACGUUAGAUGGGUAAAGUAUUUGGCAUAUUUUUGGUAUGGGUUUGGUGCUUUAGUAGCAAACCAAUUCACUGAUUGGGUCGGUGAUUGCCCUUAUGAAGAUGAGAACAGUUGUGCUGAGUAUGAUGGUAACGUACAAUUACACACUUGGGGCUUCCCUCAAAAUUGGAUCGCUGAACCAAUAGGUAUCUUGAUUGUAUGGGUGACUGGAUUUAUUGUUCUUUCAGGAGUGGCUAUGAGAUUUAAGAAUCUCGAUGUUGGGAUGGCUAAGACCAAAAAGAAUAAACUUGGAGAUGAGGACGAAUCCCAUGAUAGCAACCACCAGAGCGAAGAGAUCACCGAUGAAACUUUGGGUAGUGAGCAGGAGUUUCAGUCAAAUCAAAUAACCACUGCUAGUGAGAUUGUUGAAGAUAGAUACCCUAUAAAUAUCGAGCUACACAAUGUGCAUUUGUCAAUCAAGGAAAAGAAAUUUUGGGGAAAACAAGUGGGUACCAAGACCUUGUUGAACAAUGUAAAUGCAUUAUUCAGGGCCAAUUCGGUCAACUGUAUCAUGGGACCCUCAGGUAGUGGUAAAAGUACCUGUCUCAACUAUUUAUCAAACAGAUUAGAUAGAUCGGCAUCGUUCAUCUCAUCAGGGGAAAUCAAAGUGAAUGGUAUUCAGGAUAUUUCCCGUAGUGAAUUGAGUCGCAUUUCUGCGUAUGUUACUCAACACGAUAGUUCAUUGAUUUCCAACUUGACCGUGCGUGAAACAUUGUACUAUCAAGCCAAAUUACGUUUACCUUUGGAUCAACACUCAGCCAUCCCCAGGAUUGUUAAUAAAUUGAUUAGACAAACUGGAUUAGUUGAUUGUGCCGAUACUUUAGUUGGUGAUGAUUAUACCAAAGGGUUAUCUGGUGGUGAAAAGAGAAGAUUGAGUAUUUCGAUUCAACUCCUUUCGAAACCGAAAGUGUUGUUUUUGGAUGAGCCAACUUCAGGAUUGGAUUCAUCUACAGCAAAGGCUAUUUUCAAUUUGUUGUCGGAAUUGGCAAUAGAAAAUGGAACAACGGUGAUUCUUACCAUUCAUCAACCAAGCGAAGAAAUAUUUUUAAGUUUUGGCAGCUUGUUGUUUUUGGGUAAAGGAGGUAAUGUUAUUUACAACGGUAGUGCUCAUGGAAUUAUUCAAUACUUGGCGAAUCUUGGUUUUGCAAACCAUGGUAAAUUAAACAUUGCCGAUUACAUAUUGGAUUUAAUCAGUCAUGGUUCUGAAGAUGAAGAUGCACAAGCAGUGGACAAUAGAAUCGAAAUGUUGAUUAAUAAUUGGGCGUAUAAUGUAAACCAUCACGAUGAAAAAUCGGCCACCAAUGGUCAACGUCAAGUGAUUGACUUGUCUCAGUUUUAUUUCAGAAGGUUACCAUUCAUUCAUACAUUCUCCACAGUUACCAACAGACAAUUGUUGACAUCAUUCAGGUCAAAGGAUAGCAUCAUUAGCAGAAUUGGUCAAACGGUUUUCCUCACUAUUGUUCAUACAUUAUUCUUUGCCCCAUUGAAAAACACUCAAGAUGGUAUCAACAAUAGAUUAGGUUUGAUUCAAGAAGUGUUGAAUUUGUACUUUGUUGGAUUCGUCAACAACAUUAGUUUAUACCCGUUUGAAAGAGAUUUGUUUUACCAAGAAUACAGAGAUGGUAUUUACGGGGUGACAGAAUUUGGAAUUUCGUACUUGUUAAAUGAGUUGCCAACAGAAAUCAUCCCAUGUUUCUUCUUUUCAGCAUUGAUCGUGUUUGUGUGUGGAUUACCACGUAAUGCCGCCAUGUAUUUUGCCAUGUUUGCCACUGGAUUUAUCUCUAUCAAUUGUGGUGAGUCGAUUGGUAUAUUGUUCAAUAGUAUAUUCAAACAUAUGGAAGUGGCUACAAAUGUGUUAUCCAAUCUUAUUAUCAUUGCUGUUUUCAUGGGUGGUACAAUGUCAUUACACAUGCCUCAUUUUUUCAAAGCAAUGAAUUAUUUGAGUCCAAUGAAGUAUGCUGUUUCCAUAUGUGCUAAUUUGGGGUUCAAGAAUCAAACUUUUUCAUGUGGCUCAGUUGGUGAGUGCAGUUUGAGAACAGGUCAUGAUGUGUUAAAUUACUACAAUUUAGAGGCCAAUAUAGGGGCAAUGUUUGGAGGAAUAUUUGCUUGCUUUGUUGCCUAUAGAUUGAUUGCAAUUUGCUCAAUCUAUGUCAGAGUCAAAUGGUUUUGA